ACAGUCGGCCGGGGGCCGCAGGGGAGGCGGCGGAGAGGGCGGGGCCCUCCUCCCCACCCCCUCACUGCCAAGGGGUUGGACCCGGCCACGGCGGCUAUAAAAGGGCCGGCGCCCUGGUGUUGCCGCAGUGCCUCCCGCCCCGUCCCGGCCUUGCGUACCUGCUCCGGCCACGAUGAGCUUCGGCGGCGCGGACGCGCUGCUGGGCGCCCCGUUCGCGCCGCUGCAUGGCGGCGGCAGCCUCCACUAUGCGCUGGCCCGAAAAGGUGGCGCAGGCGGGACGCGCUCCGCCGCCGGCUCCUCCAGCGGCUUCCACUCGUGGACACGGACGUCCGUGAGCUCCGUGUCCGCCUCGCCCAGCCGCUUCCGUGGCGCAGGCGCCGCCUCAAGCACCGACUCGCUGGACACGCUGAGCAACGGACCAGAGGGCUGCAUGGUGGCGGUGGCCACCUCACGCAGUGAGAAGGAGCAGCUGCAGGCGCUGAACGACCGCUUUGCCGGGUACAUCGACAAGGUGCGGCAGCUGGAGGCGCACAACCGCAGCCUGGAGGGCGAGGCGGCGGCGCUGCGGCAGCAGCAGGCGGGCCGCUCCGCUAUGGGCGAGCUGUACGAGCGCGAGGUCCGCGAGAUGCGCGGCGCGGUGCUGCGCCUGGGCGCGGCGCGCGGUCAGCUACGCCUGGAGCAGGAGCACCUGCUCGAGGACAUCGCGCACGUGCGCCAGCGCCUCGACGACGAGGCCCGGCAGCGAGAGGAGGCCGAGGCGGCGGCCCGCGCGCUGGCGCGCUUCGCGCAGGAGGCCGAGGCGGCGCGCGUGGAACUGCAGAAGAAGGCGCAGGCGCUGCAGGAGGAGUGCGGCUACCUGCGGCGCCACCACCAGGAGGAGGUGGGCGAGCUGCUCGGUCAGAUCCAGGGCUCCGGCGCCGCGCAGGCGCAGAUGCAGGCCGAAACGCGCGAUGCCCUGAAGUGCGACGUGACGUCGGCGCUGCGCGAGAUUCGCGCGCAGCUUGAAGGCCACGCGGUGCAGAGUACGCUGCAGUCCGAGGAGUGGUUCCGAGUGAGGCUGGACCGACUGUCGGAGGCAGCCAAGGUAAACACAGAUGCCAUGCGCUCAGCUCAGGAGGAGAUAACUGAGUACCGGCGUCAGCUGCAGGCCAGGACCACAGAGCUGGAGGCACUGAAAAGCACCAAGGACUCACUGGAGAGGCAGCGCUCUGAGCUGGAGGACCGUCAUCAGGCCGACAUUGCCUCCUACCAGGAAGCCAUUCAGCAGCUGGAUGCCGAGCUGAGGAACACCAAGUGGGAGAUGGCCGCCCAGCUGCGAGAAUACCAGGACCUGCUCAAUGUCAAGAUGGCUCUGGAUAUAGAGAUAGCUGCUUACAGAAAACUCCUGGAAGGUGAAGAGUGUCGGAUUGGCUUUGGCCCAAUUCCUUUCUCGCUUCCAGAAGGACUCCCCAAAAUUCCCUCUGUGUCCACUCACAUAAAGGUGAAAAGCGAAGAGAAGAUCAAAGUGGUGGAGAAGUCUGAGAAAGAAACUGUGAUUGUGGAGGAACAGACAGAGGAGACCCAAGUGACUGAAGAAGUGACUGAAGAAGAGGAGAAAGAGGCCAAAGAGGAGGAGAGCAAGGAGGAAGAAGGGGGUGAAGAGGAGGAGGCAGAAGGGGGAGAAGAAGAAGCAAAGUCUCCCCCAGCAGAAGAGGCUGCAUCCCCAGAGAAGGAAGCCAAGUCACCAGUAAAGGAAGAGGCAAAGUCACCGGCUGAGGCCAAGUCCCCAGAGAAGGAGGAAGCAAAAUCCCCAGCCGAGGUCAAAUCCCCUGAGAAGGCCAAGUCUCCAGCAAAGGAAGAGGCAAAGUCACCAGCCGAGGCCAAGUCCCCAGAGAAGGAGGAAGCAAAAUCUCCAGCUGAGGUCAAGUCCCCCGAGAAGGCCAAGUCCCCAGCAAAGGAAGAGGCAAAGUCACCGGCUGAGGCCAAGUCUCCAGAGAAGGCCAAGUCCCCAGUGAAGGAAGAAGCAAAGUCACCGGCUGAGGCCAAGUCCCCAGUGAAGGAAGAAGCAAAAUCUCCAGCUGAGGUCAAGUCCCCUGAAAAGGCCAAGUCUCCAACGAAGGAGGAAGCAAAGUCCCCAGAGAAGGCCAAGUCCCCAGAGAAGGAAGAAGCCAAGUCCCCUGAGAAGGCCAAGUCCCCAGUGAAGGAAGAAGCAAAGUCCCCUGAGAAGGCCAAGUCCCCAGUGAAGGAAGAAGCAAAGUCCCCUGAGAAGGCCAAGUCCCCAGUGAAGGAAGAAGCAAAGUCCCCUGAGAAGGCCAAGUCCCCAGUGAAGGAAGAAGCAAAGACCCCCGAGAAGGCCAAGUCCCCAGUGAAGGAAGAAGCCAAGUCCCCAGAGAAGGCCAAGUCCCCAGUGAAGGAAGAAGCAAAGUCCCCAGAGAAGGCCAAGACUCUUGAUGUGAAGUCUCCAGAAGCCAAGACUCCAGUGAAGGAGGAAGCAAGGUCCCCUGCAGACAAAUCACCUGAAAAAGCCAAAAGCCCUGUCAAAGAGGAGGUCAAGUCCCCAGAGAAGGCAAAAUCUCCCCUGAAGGAGGAUGCCAAGGCCCCUGAGAAGGAGAUCCCAAAGAAGGAAGAAGUGAAGUCCCCAGUGAAGGAGGAGGAGAAGCCCCAGGAGGUGAAAGUCAAAGAGCCCCCAAAGAAGGCGGAGGAAGAGAAAGCCCCUGCCACGCCAAAAAUGGAGGAGAAGAAGGACAGCAAGAAAGAGGAGGCACCCAAGAAGGAGGCUCCAAAGCCCAAGGUGGAGGAGAAGAAGGAACCUGCUGUCGAAAAGCCCAAAGAAUCCAAAGUUGAAGCCAAGAAGGAAGAGGCUGAAGAUAAGAAAAAAGUCCCCACCCCAGAGAAGGAGGCUCCUGCCAAGGUGGAGGUGAAGGAAGACGCUAAAGCCAAAGAGAAGACAGAGGUGGCCAAGAAGGAACCAGAUGAUGCCAAGGCCAAGGAACCCAGCAAACCAGCAGAGAAGAAGGAGGCAGCACUGGAGAAAAAAGACACCAAGGAGGAGAAGGCCAAGAAGCCUGAGGAGAAACCCAAGACAGAGGCCAAAGCCAAGGAGGAUGACAAGACCCUCUCAAAAGAGCCUAGCAAGCCUAAGGCAGAAAAGGCUGAAAAAUCCUCCAGCACAGACCAAAAAGACAGCAGGCCUCCAGAGAAGGCCACAGAAGACAAGGCCGCCAAGGGGAAGUAAGGCAGGGAGAAAGGAACAUCCGGAACAGCCAAAGAAACUCAGAAGAGUCCCGGAGCUCAAGGAUGGGAGUAACACAAUUUUCACUUUUUCUCUCUUUAUGUAAGAAGAAACUGCUUAGAUGACGGGGCCUCCUUCUUCAAACAGGAAUUUCUGUUAGCAAUAUGUUAGCAAGAGAGGGCACUCCCAGGCCCCUGCCCCCAUGCCCUCCCCAGGCGAUGGACAAUUAUGAUAGCUUAUGUAGCUGAAUGUGAUACAUGCCGAAUGCCACACAUAAACACUUGACUAUAAAAACUACCCCCCUCCUUUCCAAAUAAGUGCAUUUAUUGCCUCUAUGUGCAACUGACAGAUGACCGCAAUAAUGAAUGAGCAGUUAGAAACACAUUAUGCUUGAGAUGUCUUAACCUAUUCCCAAAUGCCUUCUGUUUUCCAAAGGAGUGGUCAAGCCCUUGCCCAGAGCUCUCUAUUCUGGAAGAGCGGUCCAGGUGGGGCCGGGCACUGGCCACUGAAUUAUGCCAGGGCGCACUUUCCACUGGAGUUCACUUUCAAUUGCUUCUGUGCAAUAAAACCAAGUGCUUAUAAAAUGAAAA